AUGGGAGAGGCAAGUGGAAGAGAAAAAGAAGGAGAGUAUGAAGGAUUAGACGAUGUUAAACGAACUGUAGAGGGCGUUACAAGAUAUGUCGCAAGAGAAGAUGAUGGUGGUGGUGAUGGUGAUGGUGAUGCUGAUGAUGAAGAGGGUGAGAUGGGAGAGGCGAGUGGAAGAGAAAAAGAAGGAGAGUAUGAAGGAUUAGACGAUGUUAAACGAACUGUAGAGGGCGUUACAAGAUAUGUCGCAAGAGAUGAUGAUGGUGGUGGUGAUGCUGAUGCUGAUGAUGAAGAGGGUGAGAUGGGAGAGGCGAGUGGAAGAGAAAAAGAAGGAGAGUAUGAAGAAUUAGACGAUGUUAAACGAUCUUUAGAGGGCGUUACAAGAUAUGUCGCAAGAGAUGAUGAUGGUGGUGGUGAUGCUGAUGGUGGUGGUGGUGGGGUAGGAGUGUUCCAAGGACCGUUAGUCGAAUGCGGUUGA